AUGAUAGAGGGGCUCGUGGACCAGCCACAGUCGCUGGGUGCUCGACGGCCACCAUUCGCAGGAGGUGCCAUUGGAGGUGGUCAACAAACAGACAGGACACAGCUGUCACGUAGCAUGCUUGGACGUGGAGCUGGCCGUGGUUCAUUAGCUUCCCGAGAUAAUUCACAGCCUUCGAGCCGUGAGCCGCGCGGUGGUGGCGGCUAUGCUGGAACGCUUGCUGGUGGUUCGACAACACCACCACUGCCAGCUGCAGAGAUGCACAAAAAAGAGGAAAACGAAGGUGAUGCUCGUGAAAGUGGCACCGCUGGAGAAGGUGCUGCUAGCAUGGAAGGCAGCGCUGGCAAAGAAGAUGAUGCUGCGGUAAGCAAAGAGAAGAAAGAAUUGGAGGAGAAGAAAAUGCUUGCUAUACUGGAAAUAUUAUCGGACGAAGGAAAACAGAAACCGAAUAGCGAACGUAUUCGACAAGUUUUCCGUUUGUUGGUAAAAGUUGGAGUUGAAAGAACACACGCAGAUGUUAGGAAUCCGGAACGGCAAUAUGUUGGUCAAGUGCUGUGCCGGUGCCUCCAGCGUAACGAUAUUAAAGAACAUGCUCUCAGAGGCGUAGCAGACUACUGUACCGAUGUGGUCGAAACGGAGCUAUGGGAGGAUUAUUGUCGAAUAUGGGAAUAUAUUGCGGAAGUAAUAAGCUGGUCGAUUAUGUGUGAAGUGCGGCAUUUCGAAGGUCCAAGGCCUUCACUGGGUGAUUUUAAGGCUGCAUUCAGAAGCGCAGAUGCCGAUAUACGGGAUCCGAGCCCUCUCCUAGUUCAUGUACUCAAACGACUUGUCUCGUCAGCUGGGAUGGCAUUCGAUGAAAUUAAGGAUUUGCAUUCGGAUUCACUGAUUGCCGAGCUCAAAUCGCGUCAGUUGUCAAUUUCACCUGACAAAAAUCUCUAUCAGUUAUUGCUCAACUAA